UUCCACUCCUCUCGUCACCACCCGCCUCAAAAAACUAUCAACCCCGCCAUUUGGAGAAGGAGGAGGAGCAAGAGCUCCAAGAAGAGCUCCCCCCCCUCCACCACCACCACCACCGAUCUCUCCUCCAAUCCGCGGCUCAUCCUCCCAUCCCCGUGUUGCGGGAUCUUUCCGGGCGGAGCAGCGGUGGUCGGGUCGCCGGAUUUGGGGGUGAUCCGGGUUUCAUGGGGUCGCCGGAGGGGGAGGAGGCGGUGGUGGCCACGGCGGCCGUCGUGGAGGACGGGCUGCGGGGGAACGGGGAUGGUGGUGGAGGUGGGGUUGGGGAGGUGGUUGGGGUUGGGAGGAGCAUCGACAUGGAAUGGCGCAAGGCUGAGGAGGCCGCAAUAAGAAGAUAUGAAGCAGCCAACUGGUUGCGAAGGGUAGUUGGGGUGGUGUGUGGAAAGGACCUUGCAGAAGAGCCCUCCGAGGAGGAAUUCCGGCUUGGCCUGAGGAAUGGCAUUGUUCUUUGCAAUGCACUCAAUAAGGUUCAACCUGGUAGCGUGCCCAAGGUUGUGGAGGCCCCCUCGGACUCUGCAGAUGGUGCAGCUCUCUGUGCAUAUCAGUACUUCGAGAAUGUGAGGAAUUUCCUCAUGGGCCUACAAGAUUUGGGUCUCCCAACAUUUGAGGCAUCCGAUCUAGAAAAGGGUGGAAAAGGAGUUCGAGUUGUAGACUGUGUUCUUUCUCUGAGGUCAUUCAGUGAAAGUAAGCAAGUAGGAAGAUCAGCUCCAUUAAAAUAUGGUGGCAUUCUAAAGCCUUCAAUGUCUGGAAAGCACUUCAUCCGCAAGAACUCUGAGCCUUUUGUGAAGACGAUGGUGAGAAGCUACUCAGCAGAGUUACUCAGAGAUGGCGUAUCACUAGAGCAAAGCUUAGGUCUUGAUUUUUCACUAGAGCAUGUGGAAAGAACUACUCCAGACUCCAUCAGAAUGCUUGUCCAAACAAUGCUCUCAGAUAAAAAGCCAGAAGAAAUACCGUCGCUUGUAGAAUCACUGUUGAGCAGAGUUAUUCACGAAUUUGAGCGUCGUACUGCAAACCAGAAUGAAUCGGUGAAACAUGCUUUGGAUCCUAAUGAUGAUAAGUUGUUAUCCAGAGCAGAUACACCACCAGAAAUGGAGUCAACUUGUACAUGCAGUACAGGGAAUAUGGAUGAAGAAGACCAUACUUCUGUGAGUAUGAAGGAAGAAGUCAGCACUGCUGUACUAGUGAAUGGUGAAAAUGUGGUCGAGCAUAUACAGGCAAAGCAAACAGAUAAAUAUUUUGAUCAGCAACAGAAACAUAUCAAGGACUUGAAAAGUAAUCUUGCAACUAUGAAGUCUGGGAUGGAGCACAUCAAACUGCAGUACUCUGAAGACCUUGAUAAGCUUGGGAAGCAUGUGCACACUCUUUCUCAUGCGGCUUCUGGGUAUCAUAAAGUUCUUGAGGAAAACCGUAAGCUAUACAACCAAAUACAAGAUCUUAGAGGGAAUAUUAGAGUAUAUUGUCGAGUACGACCUUUCUUACCUGGAAAGGUAAGUUCCUCAAGCAGUGUCGCUGGACUUGAAGAUAGAACUAUCACUGUCAUGACUCCAUCAAAACAUGGAAAAGAUGCCCGGAAAUCUUUUACUUUCAAUAGGGUUUUUGGACCAUUAGCCACGCAAGAACAGGUCUUUGCGGACAUGCAACCUUUAAUCCGUUCUGUGCUCGAUGGAUACAAUGUUUGUAUAUUUGCAUAUGGACAAACCGGGUCAGGGAAGACCUUUACAAUGAGUGGUCCUAAAGUAUUGACGGAAGAAGGACUUGGUGUCAACUAUAGAGCAUUAAAUGACCUAUUCAACAUUCAAGCACAGAGGAAAGAUACAUUUUGUUAUGAAAUUUCUGUGCAGAUGAUUGAGAUCUACAAUGAACAAGUGAGAGAUCUCCUUCAGAAUGGUGGAAACAAGAAAGUGGACAUUAAAAAUAGUUCGCAGAAAGGUAUAGCAGUUCCUGAUGCAAACAUAGUACCAGUCACUUCAACAUCCGAUGUGAUUGAUUUAAUGAAUCUUGGCCAAAAGAACCGUGCAGUAUGCUCAACAGCCAUGAAUGACCGUAGUAGCCGCUCCCAUAGCUGUCUAACAGUUCAUGUUCAGGGAAGAGAUUUGACAUCCCGGACAGUUCUAAGAGGCUGUAUGCAUCUUGUGGAUUUAGCUGGUAGUGAAAGAGUUGAUAAAUCUGAGGUUGUAGGUGAUAGGCUGAAGGAGGCACAACACAUAAACAAGUCAUUAGCAGCACUAGGCGAUGUGAUCGCAUCCCUUGCUCAGAAAAAUGCACAUGUUCCUUACAGAAAUAGCAAACUUACUCAGUUAUUGCAGGAUUCUCUUGGAGGACAAGCAAAAACAUUAAUGUUUGUUCACAUAGCCCCAGAACCAGAUGCUAUUGGUGAGUCAAUAAGCACUUUGAAGUUUGCAGAGCGAGUUGCUACUGUUGAGCUUGGAGCAGCUAAGUCAAACAAGGAAGGGGGAGAAGUCAAAGAGCUCAAAGAACAGAUAGCUUGCCUCAAGGCAGCAUUGGCUAAGAAAGAUGGUGAAACUGAAAGCAUACGAAGCACACAAUCAAGCCCAGAUAUAUAUAGAAUGAGGAUGGGCAGCGCACCUCCUGCAUUCAGGAACCCAAUGGAAGAAGUUGGAAAUCUAGAGACCAGAAGCAAUGGCACUCCCAGACAGAAGAAACGAAACUUUGAAUUGCCAGAUGUAGAGAAUGAUACAUCUUCAUGGCUUGAUACUAGUUCUCAGAAGGAAGCAGCCUUGGGAGAAUGGGUUAACAACUCCCAAUUUGGUAGCAGCAAUUCCCUACUAGAAUUGGGACCUGAUGCUACACAAGAUGUAGUCUUCUAUCAAAGAAACAGUCCUGAGCCGCAAUGGAGUUGGGCUGGGUCUGUCGCAACAGAGGAUUCUGAUGACUUUGAGGUCACAACCAGUUGCUCGUCAGAACAAGAUAUGGUGCGUCCAACAAGUGCACCAAAAGCUCCAGGUUCUGCAAAUGGGAGUGCCUCAAUUGCAAGGAAGGCCCAACCCAAGGGUGCAAAAAGCACAGACAUCAGAAGCACGAAUCCUGCGAAAAGGGCAGCACCAUUACAAAAAAAGAUAAACGGACCUCCAUCGGCGUCAACCAAGAACGGAAAACAGUUGAGUUUGAGUGCGGCUGAUGGAAAGAGAGCUCCCAAUGGUAAAGUGAGCGCCAAGAAGUAAGCAAUCCAGGGGAGCUUUACUCUUGUUGUGACCAUCUUCGCCUUUAUGUUGAUCCUAUUGGAGAUGAAGUAUACUAGGCAGACAAACAUGUCAGUCCUCUUCAAAGGUUGCUGGCUCAUUGUUUUAUCAUUCAUUCAAUCAAUUUUUGGUACUGUACAUAGAUA